AUGGGUCCGAAGUUUACAAAGCCUGACGAGCAUGCAAGAUAUACUCGCUUUACAUAUAAUGCGAUCUCAGAACUUCAAACAGCAAACCGUUCUCCAAUAUACGGUUAUCAACAUCUACCAGUAUUACCACUAGAGAAAACGGUGGAGAAAAUUUCUCCAAAAAUCCCUGGCCUAAUAAAAUAUGUUGCUCAAGCAAAAGAAGAUUGUAAUCAACAUUCGAAUCUCUUGACUGUGGACGAGUCAGCUGCAAUCUAUCUUUACACGAUGCCUAUAUCGUUCUUUAGUAAUCUCAAUGACGCACUAAGAGCAGGCGAUCGACAUAAACUCAAGCCCUGGUUUAGCUAUCUGAAACUGUUUAUAACUGCUCUUGAGAAAUUACCAUCGCUUCAGCGUACUACGGUUUGGCGAGGUGUCGCGACGGAUGUUGGUGCUGAUUUCGAGAACAACGAUUUACAUGUUUGGUGGAGCGUCAAUUCAUGUUCGAGAGCCCUCAACGUUGUCGAAGCAUAUCUAGGCAAGAAAAGCACUGUAUUCGCCAUUGAUACAAUCCACGGCAAAGAUAUAUCAGCAUAUUCUGUAUUUGAAGAAGAGAAAGAAGUGGUUCUUAUACCAGGAACACGUGUUCGUGUUAACAACAAAUCGCUGAAUUUUGAAAACCGCUUUUUUAUAGUGCACAUGAACGAAGAAGAACGUAAGCCAAUGGUAGCAAGCGGAACCCAAAUCGCACCAAUAGCAGAUGCAAAACCUAUGAAUAAUUCGAAAGACGAGAUUCGCAUAGUGCUCAUUGGAAGAACAGGAAGUGGCAAAAGUUCGACUGGAAAUGCAUUAUUACAUACUCGGUGCGGUUUUCGUUCAGCACAAUCAUCCAUAUCGAUCACUAAAAGCUGCGAAGCCAAAUUUCGUGACUUCAUCGAUGUCGAUGGUCAAGAGAAGAAACUCAUCGUUGUCGAUACACCCGGCUUUUUCGAUUCCGAUACAGCUAGAACAAAUCAAACAAUACAAGAAACGAUUAGUUCAGAGAUCUUUCCGAUGACAUCGCCAGGUGUGCACGCUUUUCUGAUAACUAUUCGCAUUGGGCGAUUCACACCUGAAGAGAGUGACACCAUUGAAUUCAUCAAAAAUAUUUUCGGUCCCGAUGCUUUCCGAUACUGUAUCAUCAUUUUCACUCAUGCAGAUCAACUCGAUGAAGAUCAAGAUAUCCAUGAUUUCAUUAGCGAGUCUAAGGAAUUGAGACGAUUGGUUGUCAAUUGCGAACAUCGCAUAUUUGCAAUCAACAACAGACUGAAUGGUGAUUCAUUGCAAGAGAAAACAGAUGAAUUACUAGCCAUGGUCGAGACAAUGAUAGAAAAUAAUCAUGGCGAUUAUUAUACGAAUGCCGAAUAUCAACGUAUCGAAGCUACAAAACGAAGAGAGACGAGACGUCGCUUGAGAGAAGAGCGACAGAGACAGAUAGCAUACGAACAGACGCUCGUUGAACAGGUCCGUGCGGAAGAACAACAAAAGGCGAAACAACGCGAACAAGAGAUUAGAAGUGAAGAACGGCAAAAGUUAGAUCAACGUCUGCAGGAGAUUAGACAGAAAGAACGUAACAAUACGCAAAGAAACCAAAUAGCAGCAGCUGGAACAAAUACUGAUGAGUAUUUCCCAUACAGAGAUCAGCUAAGAUCUAAAAGCCAAACAAACAAUGUUAAUCCACCGAAAUCAUUGUCAGCGUCUUCGAUCAACGAUCCCGGAAAUUAUUAUGAACGAAAUGCAGUACCUUUAACAAAGAAUGCCAUGUUUAAUACUCAAGUCCCACGUAACAACAACAACAUGAUGCGAUCAUCUACUAAUAUACUGCCGAUGAACACAAGGCCACAACAAAAUUGGAGUGCUAAUUACUCUAAACCUAACCAAUUUUAA